AUGCGCGCUCCGUCUCCGCUUCUGCGGAGCCUGAGACCCAACACUGUCGCCCUUCCAUAUCGACGACUUGCACUGCGUCCAUCCACAACCAUAACCUCCCCUCGAAUCCUCUCAAGAUCAAUUGCCAACUACACACACCCCCAUCAUGCAUCUGCUAUAUCCGUCCUCCCCACCGCCGUCGAUACUACAUCGUCCGAAUUCCAGGAAAACGCCCAACAGAUGCAAGAACUCCUUGAUCGGAUGGCCAGUCUCCACGGCACAAUCUCGCAAGGCGGUCCUCAAAAGGCCAAGGACAAACACCUAGCCAGAGGCAAGAUGCUGCCUCGGGACCGGGUCAGCGCCCUCAUUGACCCGGGCACAUCGUUCCUCGAGCUCUCGCCGCUCGCCGGCCACGAGGUCUAUGGAGAGGAUGUGCCCGCCGGGGGAAUCAUCACGGGCAUCGGAACGGUGGAAGGCGUGAACUGCAUGAUUGUCGCCAACGACAGCACGGUCAAGGGCGGCACCUACUACCCGAUCACCGUGAAGAAGCAUCUCCGGGCGCAGGCCAUCGCGCAGGAGAACAAACUGCCGUGCAUCUACCUGGUCGACUCGGGCGGUGCCAACCUGCCGCACCAGGCGGACGUCUUCCCGGACCGCGACCACUUCGGCCGCAUUUUCUUCAACCAGGCCCGGAUGAGCUCGCUAGGGAUCCCGCAGAUCGCCGUGGUCAUGGGCCCCUGCACGGCCGGCGGUGCCUACGUGCCCGCCAUGAGCGACGAGACGAUCAUCGUCGAGAACCAGGGCACCAUCUUCCUGGCCGGCCCGCCGCUGGUCAAGGCCGCGACGGGCGAGGUCGUCUCCGCCGAGGAUCUGGGCGGCGGGCACCUCCACAGCACGAUCUCAGGGGUCACGGACUACCUCGCCGUCGACGACGCCCACGCCAUCGUUCUGGCGCGACGAUCCGUCUCCAACCUGAAUUAUCCGCAAACGAACCUACCCUCCACGCCGGGCAGUCUAUCCAACACAACAGCAGCGACAACAGCACCCAUCAAAGAACCCCUCUACGACCCCAGCGAGCUCAACGGCAUCGUGGGCACCAACCUCCGCCGCCAGAUCCCCGUUCAUGAGGUCAUCGCCCGCAUAGUCGACGGCAGCGAGUUCGCCGAGUUUAAGCGCGACUACGGCACCACGCUCGUGACGGGCUUCGCGCGCAUCUACGGCCACCAGGUGGGCAUCGUCGCCAAUAACGGCAUCCUAUUCUCCGAGUCCUCCCUCAAGGGCGCGCACUUCAUCGAGCUCUGCGCCCAGCGCGGCAUCCCCCUGGUCUUCCUGCAGAACAUCUCGGGCUUCAUGGUCGGUGCCGACGCCGAGAAAGGCGGGAUCGCGAAGAACGGCGCCAAGCUGGUGACGGCCGUCGCGUGUGCCGACGUGCCCAAGUUCACCGUGGUGUUUGGCUCCAGUGCCGGCGCCGGGAACUAUGGCAUGUGCGGCCGCGCCUAUUCCCCAAGAUUCCUGUUCAUGUGGCCCAACGCCAGAAUCGGGGUCAUGGGCUCCGAGCAACUGUCCGCGGUGAUGGAGGCCGUGGGCCGCACCGCCGACCCGGACCUGAAGGCCCGCAUCGACCGCGAAUCCGAGGCGGUCUUCUCGUCGGCGCGCCUCUGGGACGACGGGGUGAUCCCGCCCGCGCAGACCCGCCAGUUCCUGGGGUUGGGGCUGGCGGCCGCCGUCGGGGGCAAGGUCGAUGCCGAUGUGCGGACGCGGUUUGGGGUGUUCCGGAUGUAG